GCCCCGGAGCCCCGCCGGGGUGGCACCUGCUGCUGCGGGGUGCCGGCGAGUCUGGGAAGAGCACCAUCGUCAAACAGAUGAAGAUCAUCCACGAAGAUGGCUACUCGGAGGAGGAGUGCCGGCAGUACAAAGCCGUGGUCUACAGCAACACAAUCCAGUCCAUCAUGGCCAUCAUCAAGGCCAUGGGGAACCUGCAGAUUGACUUCGGGGAUUCCUCCAGAGCGGAUGACGCUCGCCAGCUCUUCGCACUCUCCUGUGCUGCGGAAGAGCAGGGCAUCAUGCCUGAGGACCUUGCCAACGUGAUCCGGAGGCUGUGGGCUGACCACGGGGUCCAGGCCUGCUUUAACCGCUCCCGCGAAUACCAGCUGAACGACUCUGCUGCCUACUACCUGAAUGACCUGGAGAGGAUAGCCCGGGCCGACUACAUCCCCACCCAGCAGGAUGUGCUGCGGACCAGGGUGAAGACCACCGGCAUCGUGGAGACCCACUUCACCUUCAAGGACCUCCAUUUCAAGAUGUUCGACGUGGGCGGCCAGCGCUCGGAGCGCAAGAAGUGGAUCCACUGCUUCGAGGGGGUGACGGCCAUCAUCUUCUGCGUGGCCCUCAGCGCCUAUGACCUGGUGCUGGCAGAAGACGAGGAGAUGAACCGGAUGCAUGAGAGCAUGAAGCUGUUUGACAGCAUCUGCAACAACAAGUGGUUCACGGACACGUCCAUCAUCCUCUUCCUCAACAAGAAGGACCUCUUCGAGGAGAAGAUCGUGCACAGCCCCCUGACCAUCUGCUUCCCCGAGUACAGCGGUGCCAACAAGUAUGACGAGGCAGCCGGAUACAUCCAGAGCAAGUUCGAGGACCUGAACAAGCGGAAGGACACCAAGGAGAUCUACACGCACUUCACCUGCGCCACCGACACCAAAAACGUGCAGUUUGUCUUUGAUGCCGUCACUGACGUCAUCAUCAAAAACAACCUGAAGGACUGCGGGCUCUUCUGAGGGUGGCCAGGCCGUGCCGACGAAGGAAGGAGCACGCUGCCCAGCGACUUCUGCUUC